AUGAAUCGUUUGAGAAAAGACAUUCUGAAGAAAGCUUCAGCCAUAAAUGAUGUUCUAGAUGAUGCUUCUAAGUAUGAUAAGAAGAAGCAAUUGUUGAGUGAUGUGUGGUCCAAGAUUUUCAGUUGUGUGAGUUUAUCUGAGCAAUCUGAGGAUGAUUUAUCUGAGCUUAUUAGGAAAUUAUCUUCAUUUGAGGAGCAAAUGCUGACAAAGAAUAAUCCUGAAAAUGCAACUAGUUCAAAAGAGGUGAAAGAUGCUGAUAUUCAGGUUAUGGUUGGGUCAAAUGAAGUAGAUGUAAACAUCUUGCUUCCAAAUCAGUGUCUUAAUAAAGGUUCUUCCAUAAGUUCAAAGUGGUUGAAGAGUGCAAAAGAAAUAGCUUAUGAAGAAAAAUCCAAAAAGGGCAGAACCCGUAGAGCUUGUGGGCAAUCUAGUGUUUCACAUGACAGUAGAAACUGUCCAAACAAUUAUUAUAAUACUUGGAAAUUUAAAGAUGUUUUGGAAGAUAAAGAUAUACUGAAGAAAUAUUAA